AUUGCUACACGUUGUCUGAUCCAAACCCGUCCGACAGGUAUGCAAAUAUCUGGGCAGUACACCGGCACGUAAACACUGACUGACAGCGCCAUGCAUACAGGUAAACCCAAGUCGUCUAAGUAUAGACACGGAAACACGUACGAGGUGGACAAAUCGAUCUACCAGAGUACGCUAGAGAUGGCCACGGCGACAGACAUGGCGGGCUUCCCGUCCCCUGUAUGGGACACCACCCCGUUUCAUUUAAAGGAUGUACUUAUGCAGUGUGAUGUACCGGUAGUAGCGAAAAUAACAAAAGGACAAUUCCAUAAUUUGGGAGUAUCUAAAAUACCACUAAGGAAAUUACACCAGGACGUUGUCGUUCAUUCUAUAAAGACAGGCGUGAAAGUGUUAGCGCAUAGCCUCAGUCGCUUCGAGGCUCGUGACGGCAGAGCGAGUAAAGUUGUACCUCUGGACCAGCGACUCAGCAUCCCACUCUCCUACAAUGGCUGGUUCGAACUACUGUCCGAGGAUGGACGGUCGGCCAGACCCAUAGAAGGUGUUUAUAGACUUGCAAGGGAGUUUCCAAGUAAGUGUUUAGUCAGGCAAAAUCUCAAAGGUUAUAUGACUAAUGAAGACGGUAAAUUAACUUUUGAUAAAUCGAAAGUGAUUCCUGCUGGGGAACAACUGACACUUUCAGGAACAGUGAAUGGUCCAGGAGACAGGGUCAAGUUUCUCCGGUGUACGGACUCAAAGGGCGUAGUUCUUUACCUUAGUUUUGACCAACAAGGGACCUUUACUCCAAUCGCCAACCCUGGGGAUGUUUCAGGUGUGUUCAUGUUCAAAGACAUUGUUAAAAUGUUCCGUCUUCCAUUAACAGUGAAACUUGUGAUGGGUGUAUGGCCGAAAGUGGACACUUCAAAGUUCACCGGGUAUAUGAGGCUUAAUUGGACAUACACCGACGAAACAGCGUUUCUGUGUCCGUUAGAUAAACACAAUAUUCGGAUCACCCCGGUACCAACAGAGGUGCCCCUCAAACUCACCCCGGUCCAAAACAUGCCGGAAAUUAAAGAGUGCCAGCCGUUUAAGGAUAUGAUGACGAAGUGUAACAAAAUGAUCGCGAAUUACAAUAACACUAUACAUUUGAUCGUGGCUGUUCCCGACUCAGUCAAACGCAGGAAGUCCCAAGAUCUCGCCAACUCUCUCACACAACAAAACAACACCAUCAACAGGAAAAACAAUGCCAAGUCACAAAUCAAACGCUCGAAAAGUCGGGAGGACUUCCUCAUGGACGAAAUGGACGACCUGUAUCAGUACAUUCGAGAUGGAAGGUCCCCUCCACAACAAAAAUACGGAUACGACUCCGACGAGGAAAGUUAUUUCGAGGAGCCUGCAUACGAACCAUUGGAUGAUUUCCGUGCGCGAUUAGCUAUGAUUGAGAGGGGUCAGUCAGGACACAAAAACAGUAAGUACUAUCGCCCAACUUCCGGUUUAUAUAUUGGGGACGAAAACUCUCCCGUCCACAACCGUGCUGGUCAGCAUAGACAUUCCGUAGGCCCUGUCAUGAUGUCUCAAUCACAAAGCACAGGUCAGCUCCCCUCGGCCCAGAAGGCCAGUCCCCCUCCCCUACCACCUCGUCGGUACCAGAGGACAGAAUCCUCACCGAUGAUUCGUAUCCAGUGUAAUCAACAGACACAGGACUCUUCCAGUGGUUCCAGUCGUGGAGAUUUACAAAAAAUAGUAAGUGAUCCAAAGAUAAACAGAAAAAACAGUCGGGAUUCCUCGGGAGGGAGCCAAUCAAAAGUGGCUAUGGACGAUCGGAGUACAAGUUCUAAGACUGGGUCGUCAGGCAAACGCCAAUCCAUGCAAACAUUCUACCUAUAACAUAUACUCGCCAGGGGCAGAUGUCCCUGUCAGCUACAAGUAACAGGUGCCCCCGCUAGGGGCAGAUAACCGAUGUCCCUGUCAGCUACAAAUAACAGGUGCCUCCGCUAGGGGCAGAUAACCGAUGUCCAUGUCGGCUACAAAUAACCGGUGCCCCCGCUAUGGGCAGAUAACCAAUGUCCCUGUCGGCUACAGAUAACCGGUGUAUUUGUCAGCUUCAGAUAAACUGGUGCCCUUCCAGGGGCAGACAACCGGUGUUCUCGCCAGGAACCGAAGUUUGAUUAUAUUUGGGACUGUCAAAAAAUGUACGGAAUUAUGCCAGUGGCCAUACCGGUAACAUGCGAGAUUGUGUCUGGUGUCGUGAAACUGUGAGGAAUUGUGGCAAAUGUUAUGCAAGUGAGGUACAGGAAAUGUACGAAAUUAUGCUAGUGAUGUACCGGAAAUGUAUGGGAUAGUGACAGUGAUGUACCGGAAAUGUAUGGGAUAGUGACAGUGAUGUACCGGAAAUGUAUGGGAUACUGACAGUGAUGGUGAUCGUGGUAUGCAUUUAGGUAAAAUUGAGAUUAAUUGAAUGAUUGUUGAUUUGUCGUAUUUAUAAACAGUGUUAUUAAUGGCUGUCCCUGUGAUUUAUUAAAUAAGAUAAAAGAAA